AUGAUUCAUUACGACCUCAUCUGUCCUCUCGACAAUAAUACUUGGGCCGGUGUUCUGUAUUUUAUUUGGAACAUUUCAUUCCUGCUGUUCUUGUUACUUAAAAAUACUAGACAGACACCGGAAAGUUUCAUUCGAAUCAGAUGUCUAUCGAUUAUUUCAGUGCUUUUAUUAGCAUUUUGCUUUAUUUUAAGCAGUCUCGAUACUGUAAUCAUAGUGCCCGGUUAUAUAGCCGUUAUCGUCAGAAUUUUCAUCUUCAUUCUUCUCAUCUAUCCGAAUAUAUCAUUCUUGCUGCAUCUUGGUUUUUCGUAUGGCGAUUUCGAACUUUUCCAUAUAAAAACUGCACGGCUUUCCAAGAUACAAUGGUUCCUACUAUUCCUGUUUCACACUGUGUUGAGUGUUGGAUGCUAUGGACUUUUUUGUAUUGAUGCUAACACCCUUAAGAAGGAUGGACUUAUCAACAAUCUUCAUUUUAUUCGAUAUGUUUGUAUUGCUAUCAAUAUACUUUCUAUGCCCAUGACUUAUCAAUCACUGCUUGCUUGGAAUUCUGAAAAACUGAAGUUUGUUGGAAUUCAUCCUGAGACUAAAUUGCAUUGGAAAGGAGUUAUGAGAAAGAUGGAAGAUGGGAAAUGGGAAGUGGAUCAGACUCCAGGAGAUCAUGAUUUGUGUCAUGUCUGA